UACUACAAACGCGAUCAGGUAGUCAAGAAGAGUUUGCUGAUAUGGUCCGUAGAUGCAACAAUGCCAGAGUUCGUAUCUACGUUGAUGCAAUUUUCAAUCAUAUGGGAGGAACAGGCGCAGAUAUGCGAGGCACUGGAGGAUCAACUGCAAAUUCUGUUAUUAGAAGUUACCCAGCAGUACCUUACGAUAUUCUUGAUUUCCAUGUCCCCUGCCCAAUAUUUGAUUACCAAAAUAAAGACAAUGUACGCAAUUGUGAUUUAGUAGGAGCUCCAGAUCUUAAUCAAGCAUUGGAAGAUGUGAGAGAGAAAAUUGUGGACUACCUUAGUCGUCUAAUUGCUCUUGGCGUUGCUGGAUUUCGUAUUGAUUCAGCCAAGCACAUUUGGCCAAAUGAUUUAAAAGUAAUCUUCGGUCGUUUACCGAAUUUGAUGACUGAUCACGGGUUUCCACCUGAUGCUAAACCAUUCAUCUACCAGGAGGUUAUUGAUUUUGGCGGUGAAGCUAUCUCAAAAUACGAAUAUAUUGAAUUAGGAGCAGUUACGGAAUUCCGAUAUUCUUUCAAUAUAAGUGGUGUCUUUCGUGGUCUGGCCAGACUGGAUACGCUACAGAAUUGGGGAGAACCAUGGGGUUUUUUGCCAUCAGAUCUUGCUCUAGUAUUUGUUGAGAAUCACGAUAACGAACGAAAUCAUGGGGCUGGAGGAGCUCAGAUUCUCACGUACAAGGACGGCAAACGCUAUAUAAUGGCUGUGACCUUCGGUUUAGCUCACCCCUAUGGUAUAUCGCGUAUCAUGUCAUCAUUCUUCUUCACAGACACAGAAGCCGGACCUCCGAUGGAUGCCAAUGAGGCUAUCAUCUCACCUAGCAUCAAUCCUGAUGGAAGUUGCGGAAAUGGAUGGGUAUGUCAGCAUCGUUGGCGUCAGAUCUACAACAUGGUCAAGUUUAAGAAUGUCGCAGGAACAGCGCCACUUUUAAAUUGGUGGUCCAAUGGAAACAAUCAAAUCGCUUUUGCAAGAUCUGGAAAAGGUUUUGUUGCCUUCAACAAUGAAGGAUCUGAUAUGGAUGUCAUCCUUGAGACAUCCCUUCCAGCUGGUACCUAUUGCGAUGUCAUUUCUGGAAGCGUAUCAGGAACUACAUGUUCAGGAAAAACGGUCAUAGUUCAAACUGAUGGGACGGCUAACAUCGUGAUUGGAAACGCAGAGGAAGACGGUGUACUGGCUAUACACAUUGAAGCAAAAUUGUAACAAAUCAGACAAACUAAUAAUAAGCUUCACAUUACACACUUUAAUACACCCAGACACAGAUUGUAUCGAAAAUUGAAUGCACAUACUAGUGUUAUCGAUUAAUUGUA